AUGGCCUUCCGGAGGCAUUGCUCCUCGGUCUCGAAGCGGUUGGCGGCGCGCCUCCUAUUGGGCCUGAACGGAUAUGUCGUCCACGAUAGUGGAGACCCCAUCUAUCUGGACAUUUCCACGUUCGACUUCCCCACCCGAGUGAUGAACAACUCGGACAAGCCCAAAGUUUUCGUAUGCACGGUCACCGCGGGUUUCUCUCGAGAGAAGCACGUUUUCCUUUUCGCGCUGAAGGACACGCGACUGGAGAGGAACUCUUCUACCAGCCCGUGA